AUGGGAAAAUCUUAUCCUGAGGUUACUAUUGUAGGGGCUGGAAUCAUCGGUCUUUACACCGCCUAUGUUCUCACCGAACUCGAAAAAAUCCCAGGUUCACAAAUAUGUGUGGUAGCCAAAUAUCUCCCAGGUGACCAAUCAGCUGGUGGUUACACCUCGCCAUGGGCUGGAGGCAAUUGGUCCUGUAUUUCGCCUAACGAUGAUGCCACAUUAUUCUAUGAUAGAUUCACCUACGAGCAUUUAGCGCAUCUGCAGAAGGAUCUUUUAGAUUAUUUUGGUGAGAAAGAUAGUGAGUGGCUAGGUCUUGGUAGAAGACCUAGUCGUGAAUUUUGGGAUUGGAUCCCAGACAAAAGAAAGAUUGAUUCCUUAAGAAUGUACUUGGAAGAGUUCAACAUCCUUUCAAAAGAAGAAUUACAGCAAAUCCAACCUACGGCACCCAAAUUUGGGAUUAGUUUUAAGACAUGGAAUUUCAACUGUCCCGUUUUCCUACAGAACUUUUGCGGUUUUCUGAAAGGCAAACAUCAUAUCAAAUUUGUUAAACAAGAGCUUACCCAUUUGAGUCAAGCCACAUCUUAUGUCAAUACCGAGGCCAUUGGUGGUGAUAAGCACUUGAUCUUCAACUGUACAGGUCUUGGAGCUCAUGAUCUUGGCGCUGUCAUGGAUCACAAGGUGUACCCUACCAGAGGCCAAGUUGUGGUCAUCAAGGCUCCACACAUCAAUGAGAACUGUUUGAGAUGGGGUAAGGAUUAUGCAACAUAUAUCAUCCCCAGACCUGGUAAAAACAAGGAACUUGUUCUGGGGGGUUUUUUGCAAGUUGACAACUACAAUGCCCAGGAUACUUCUCAAUCCGAGACCGAUGAUAUAUUGAGGCGUACUUUGACGCUAUUGCCUAAGAUCGGCAAAAACGCUGAAGACUUGGAGAUAAUGAGAGUCGCUGCAGGCUUGCGUCCAUCAAGAUACGGAGGUCCUCGUAUCGAAAAGGAGACGAAAAGUGACGAUUCGAGUCUAAUUGUCAUUCACAACUACGGUGCUUCUGGUUAUGGUUACCAGGGAGGAAUGGGAAUGAGCUACCGUGCAGUAAUGCUUGGCUUGUCAAAUGAGAAGAAAUCGAAACUGUAG